AUGUCAUCAUUACCCACAGCCCCCUCAAUGGGAGCUUGUAACCCCCGAGAUCCCCCAUCUCGUCAGAUACCUCAGGCACACCCCCACGCUGGUGCACUGCCCCCAGGUGCGGCCAUGGAAUUCCGGGAGCUAAACUAUGACUGUAGGAACUACUUUGUGCAGGACCAAGCCAUGCAUAUCGGCUGUCUGAAGGCUGAUGUCACCAUGUUUUACAGAAUGUCGAGAAAUAUUACAGUAGCAGCAAUCCUCAUGUUACUGACAGGAGUUCAGGCUCAGCACAGUGUAACUCUCUCCUCUCAGAGUCUCUGUGCUGUUACUGGAUCUACAGUAAAAAUCCCCUGUACAUUUACAAACGGUGAUCACUCCAGUGUCACACAGAGAGAGUGGUAUCGAGUCCAGAGCUCUGAAAGAGAAUCACAAGACCUGAGGAAAGAUCCACAAUACUCAGGACGAGUGUCUGUAAGAACCGGGUCGUCUGACUGUGAGCUGACACUGAGAAAUGUGAGAGUGAGUGACUCUGGAGUUUAUAACUUUAGAUUUAAAACACAGAGAAGUGACUGGAUAUCAGCCUCAUCUGGAGUUCGACUGACUGUUACAGACUUGCAGUUGAAGGUGGAUCCUAACACUGUAGGACAGAGAGAAGUGAAAGUGACCUGUAGCUCCACCUGCAGCAUCAGCACAUACAGUUUCUACUGGUACAGGAAUGGCAAUUACAUCAAACCUACCACUACCGCCUCCAUUGUUCUCGACUCAACCAGUCCACAUGAUGAAGGCAGCUACUCCUGUCAGGUGUAUGGGAAAGAACACCGCUCUCCUCCAGUGUGUCUUUUCGAUGAGAAGAGCUGCUGGAGUGUGACUUACUCCACCCAGACUAUCUGCUCUCUGAUUGGCUCAUCAGUGGACAUACACAGUUAUUACACCUUCCCUGAUCAUUACAAGGUCACAAAAGUUUUCUGGUUCAUUAAAGAGCAGGUUGGUUCUGAGCCUGUGGAUGUGAGAGAGGAUGAGGAGUAUCAGGGCCGAGUGCAGUACACACAGAGCUCCCAGAAUAACUGUAGUCUGAGAAUCACUAACCUGAGAGAGAGAGACACUCAAACAUACAGAUUCAGAUUCUACACUGAUGAUCCUACAGGCAAAUACACCGGCCAACCUGGAGUCUCUCUGUCUGUCACAGAUCUGAAGGUUACAGUAUCAGACUGGAGUAAUGGGUAUAAAAAGCUGAACUGUUUCACCACCUGCAUUCUGUCUAACAACCCCACUUACAUCUGGUACAAGAACGGACAGCGUGUCACUGACCAGGACAGAAAUGAAAUGUAUGUCAGUAGUAGGACUGCAGGCAGCUACUCCUGUGCUGUAAGAGGACAUGAGGAGCUUCGCUCUCCUGCUGUCUGUGUUUUUGAUGAGAAGAGCUGCUGGAGUGUGACUUACUCCACCCAGACUAUCUGCUCUCUGAUUGGCUCAUCAGUGGACAUACUGAGUUACUAUACCUUUCCUAACAAUCAGAAAAUGACAAAAGUGUUCUGGUUCAUUAAAGUGCAGGCUGGUUCUGAGCCUGUGGAUGUGAGAGAGGAUAAGGAGUAUCAGGGCCGAGUGCAGUACACACAGAGCUCCCAGAAUAGCUGUAGUCUGAGAAUCACUAACCUGAGAGAGAGAGACGCUCAAACAUACGGAUUCAGAUUCUACACUGAUGAUCCUAACGGCAAAUACACCGGCCAACCUGGAGUCUCUCUGUCUGUCACAGAUCUGAAGAUUACAGUAUCAGACUGGAGUAAUGGGUAUAAAAAGCUGAGCUGCUUCACCACCUGCACUCUGUCUAACAAGCCCACUUACAUCUGGUACAAGAACGGACAGCGUGUUAGUGACCAGAACAGAAAUGAAAUGUAUCUGUAUGACAGUAGUGAGGAUGCAGGCAGCUACUCCUGUGCUGUAAGAGGACAUGGGGAGCUUCGCUCUCCUGCUGUCUGUGUCAACUGCUGGAGUGUGAAGUACUCUGCUCAGACUAUCUGCUCUCUGAUUGGCUCAUCAGUGGACAUACACAGUUAUUACACCUUCCCUGAUCAUUACAAGGUCACAAACAUGUUCUGGUUCAUUAAAGAGCAGGCUGCUGGUAAGCGAGUGGAUGUGAGAGAGGAUGAGGAGUAUCAGGGCCGAGUGCAGUACACACACAGCUCCCAGAAUGACUGUAGUCUGAGAAUCAUUAACCUGAGAGAGAGAGACGCUGAAACAUACGGAUUCAGAUUCUACACUGAAGGGGGUAAUUACACCAGUGAACAUGGAGUCUCUCUUUCUGUCACAGAUCUGAAGGUUACAGUCUCAGACUUGAGUGACCAGUACAUGAAGCUGAGUUGUAUCACGACCUGCACUCUCUCUAACAACCCCACUUACAUCUGGUACAAGAACGGACAGCGUGUGUCUGAUUGUAAAUCUGCCUCCUGCUCUGUAGCUGCAGUCAGUGGUGCGGUCAGUUACAGCUGUGCUGUUGAAGGCCAUGACAGUCUCCUCUCUCCUCCAGUGUAUUCCCCUAAAGACACCAGUGCAGUGAGUCUUUCCUCUGGACACACAGUGGAGGGGGAUUCAGUGACUCUGAGCUGUAGCAGUGAUGCAAACCCUCCUGUUCUCACCUACUCCUGGUUUAAGCAGAGAGCAGCUGCAGACACACUGCUGACAACAGGCCAGAAUUGCACCAUCAGCAGCAUCAGCUCCCAGCACAGCGGACUGUACUACUGCACUGCUCGCAACCAGCUGGGACAGCACAACUCUCCACCAACACGCCUGAACGUGUUAGAGGAGAACACAGGUUUAAAGGUCAUCAUGGUGGGACUGGUCGUCUUCCUGGCAGUAACACUCCUCUCAGGAGCUCUGUGGAUGUGGAAGAGGAAGUGGAGCUCAGCAAAUGGCCACAGCAGCACUGGUGACAGCGGACAGCCUCCGUCUGCUGCUGUGUAUGAAAAUGUCCCAGCCUCAAACCUCAGAGGGAGAGUCGCCUCAGAUGAUCAGGAUAAUGUUCACUAUACCACAGUUGUUUUCAACUCGCACACACAGGAAGAGUCUCUGUCACCCAGGCUUCCUCCAGACACCACAGAGGAAGAGGAUGUUCAGUACGCUGCUGUGAACUUUAGCAGGAACACUGCUGCCAUCCAGUUUUGGAUACUCAUGCACGACUUCAACUUUCUUCUCUUGUGGCAUGAGGAGGCCCCGGCCGAUGUGGUACCCCAGGUGGUCGGUCCAGGUGGAGGAAUGUAUUACUACAUCGUCCAGAUAGGCUGCAGCGUAGGGGCGGUGGGGCCACAGAACUCCGAGACCCGGUUCAGCUUCCAGAAGUCAUUACACAGCCAGAUACUCCAGUCAGGUUUUGGGACCACCACGAUGGGGCUGGACCAUGGGCUGGUUGACUCCUCGAUUGCCUUGCGACAAGCUUCUGGGACACGGUAUCGCCGCAGCCAGACCACAACUCCCGGAGGGGUUUUGAUGGCGUGGUGGACCAGGUGCAUAAGGCCGGGGUUGGAGGAGAAGACAUCUGCGAACUGGUCCACCAGCUCUGCCAGUUCUUGGUUCUGGUCCUCUCCUCUGUGGACCAAGUUACGCUCCAACAAAUCUGCGAUAGUUGACCAGCCCCACCUUCUCAAGGACUGUGAACGGGCUUUGCAGGAAUUUGCAGGUGGCGUCUGGGAGGAGGAGAAGGACCUUGUCACCUGGGCGAAACUCGCGGGGCUGAGCGGAUCAGUUAUAGGCCCUGUUCUGUUCCCGCUGAGCAGCCGACUUUGGCAGCGGUCCUACCAUAACUAUGCCAAUCCUCUCGAAGGGGAGGCCGAUAAUGGGGAGAGAGAUGAGCGGCACGGGAGCAGGCUUAUAGGGGGUCGUCCUCUGGCACUGGGGGCACUGCUGGCAGAAGGCCCGGACCUCGUCGUCCAUCCCGGGCCAGGGCUGGUUUUGGCGCUCCGUCUUGAGGUACAGCAGGCCUCCUCGCACCAGGAAUUAGGAGGUUGGCAGCCGCUGGUCGGGCUGCUGGUGUACACCUUCGAUGACCCGCACCUGAGCCCAGCAGUUCUUCAGUCUAGCAUUCUCCUUCUGCUCCCGGCCGAAAUUUCCCUCUCUGGCAACCUGCGAAUAUACAGAGGAGACAGGAUUAGUCAGGGGGAGGCAUGCUGGCCGGACAUUGCUAGCCUCCGCUUGGGCCUCCUUUCCUUCGUGGUGUUGGGAGGCUUUGGCAGUGGAGUACCCUGGCCAGUCUCGACCCUGGAGCAGAGGCACGGGGAACUCAGGGAUAAAGCCCUCCAGGAGGGGCCACUCCUUAGCCCGGUGGCCCACAGAGACAUGGGCUGCAGGGACCUGAUUGGCAUCCCCAUAUCUAAGCACCUCGUCGGAGAGGGUUGGGGAAAGUCAUGUCAGUCGCCCAUGCCGAUCUCCAGAGUAGCCACCGCUCACUCCAGAGCCUCCAGCAUUUCCCUGGGGGGUGCGGGCUCCACGCAUGCCCCACCGCCUUCUUUUCUUCGGGCGGCAGAGCUCGGAGGAACGGAUCCAUGGCCACUCACUCGGCAACCUCAGUGGCUGAGAGGCGGCCUGGCUGGAGACCGCAGUCCAGGAGGAUCUUGUUUUUCACUAGGCUGUACUCCGUGGCCUCCUCCGGGUCGAGGGCAUGAUAGGCCAGCUGGGCCUCUCCCUGGAGGUUGGGGAAAAGUGGUGAAAGGCGGCGGUGAGAGGUUGUCCCGGCGUGUGGUGCGUGAGUGUGAGGCUCGUCUUCUCCGCUUAUGUCUCCGUCUGCAAAAGGACAAAAUUAGCGGGCAUGUAGAGCCUACCUCGACUGGAGAGCGGCCACGUGCUCCUUUUAUAUCCCUCGGUUUCCUCUGUGAGGGUAGAUUUAGAAUGGGGGUGCUGAAGCGGCGUUGUCCUUUCAGCACCCUGCCGCAGCUGUGUGAAGAGCGUGUCGGCUGUCUGAAGGCUGAUGUCACCAUGUUUUACAGAAUGUCGAGAAAUAUUACAGUAGCAGCAAUCCUCAUGUUACUGACAGGAGUUCAGGCUCAGCAUAGUGUAACUCUCUUCUCUCAGAGUCUCUGUGCUGUUACUGGAUCUACAGUAAAAAUCCCCUGUACAUUUACAAAACCUUAUCAGUCCAGUGUCACACAGAGAGAGUGGUAUCGAGUCCAGAGCUCUGAAGGAGAACCACAAGCCCUGAGCAAAGAUCCACAAUACUCAGAACGAGUGUCUGUAAGAACCUGGUUGUCUGUCUCUGAGCUGACACUGAGCAAUGUGAGAAUGAGUGACUCUGGAGUUUAUAACUUUAGAUUUAAAACACAGAGAAGUGACUGGAUAUCAGCCUCAUCUGGAGUUCGACUGACUGUUACAGACUUGCAGUUGAAGGUGGAUCCUAACACUGUAGGACAGAGAGAAGUGAAAGUGACCUGUAGCUCCACCUGCAGCAUCAGCACAUACAGUUUCUACUGGUACAGGAAUGACAAUUACAUCAAAUCUACCACUACCGCCUCCAUUGUUCUCGACUCAACCAGUCCACAUGAUGAAGGCAGCUACUCCUGUCAGGUGUAUGGGAAAGAACACCGCUCCCCUCCAGUGUGUGUACUGGGUAAAGAGUGUUGGGGUGUGACUUACACUCCUCAACAUGUUUGUGCUCUGAAAGACACAUUGAUUGAUUUGUCCUGCUCUUAUAAACACCCUGCAGGCCACACAGUGAUAAAAUCAGUGUGGUUCAUUAAAGAACAGGCUGAUGGUGAGCCUGAGGAUGUGAGAGAGGAUGAGGAGUAUCAGGGCCGAGUGCAGUACACACACAGCUCCCAGAAUAACUGUAGUCUGAGAAUCACUAAACUGAGAGAGAGAGACGCUCAAACAUACAGAUUCAGAUUCUACACUGAUGGGGGCAAUUACACCGGCCAACCUGGAGUCUCUCUGUCUGUCACAGAUCUGAAGGUUACAGUAUCAGACUGGCGUAAUGGGUAUAAAAAUCUGAGCUGUUUCACCACCUGCACUCUGCCUAACAACCCCACUUACAUCUGGUACAAGAACGGACAGCGUGUUAGUGACCAGGACAGAAAUGAACUGUAUGUCAGUAGUGGGGAUGCAGGCAGCUACUCCUGUGCUGUAAGAGGACAUGAGCUUCGCUCUCCUGCUGUCUGUGUUUUUGAUGAGAAGAGCUGCUGGAGUGUGACUUACUCCACCCAGACUAUCUGCUCUCUGAUUGGCUCAUCAGUGGACAUACUGAGUUACUAUACCUUUCCUAACAAUCAGAAAAUGACAAAAGUGUUCUGGUUCAUUAAAAAGCAGGCUGAUGCUGAGGCUGUGGAUGUGAGAGAGGAUGAGGAGUAUCAGGGCCGAGUGCAGUACACACACAGCUCCCAGAAUAACUGCAGUCUGAGAAUCACUAACCUGACAGAGAGAGACGCUCAAACAUACAGAUUCAGAUUCUACACUGAUGGGGGUAAUUACACCGGUGAACGUGGAGUCUCUCUGUCUGUUACAGAUCUGAAGGUUACAGUCUCAGACUUGAGUGACCUGUACAUGAAGCUGAGCUGCAUCACCACCUGCACUCUGUCUAACAACCCCACUUACAUCUGGUACAAGAACGGACAGCGUGUGUCUGACUGUAAAUCUGCCUCCUGCUCUGUAGCUGCAGUCAGUGGUGCGGUCAGUUACAGCUGUGCUGUUGAAGGCCAUGACAGUCUCUUCUCUCCUCCAGUGUAUUCCCCUAAAAACACCAGUGCAGUGAGUCUUUCCUCUGGAGACACAGUGGAGGGGGGUUCAGUGACUCUGAGCUGUAGCAGUGAUGCAAACCCUCCUGUUCUCACCUACACCUGGUUUAAGCAGAGAGCAGAUGCAGACACACUGCUGACAACAGGCCAGAAUUACAGCAUCAGCAACAUCAGCUCCCAGCACAGCGGACUGUACUACUGCACUGCUCGCAACCAGCUGGGACAGCACAACUCUACACCAACACACCUGGAUGUGUUACAUUCCCCUAAAGACACCAGAGCAGUGGUUCUUUCCUCUGGACACACAGUGGAGGGGGAUUCAGUGACUCUGAGCUGUAGCAGUGAUGCAAACCCUCCUGUUCUCACCUACUCCUGGUUUAAGCAGAGAGCAGCUGCAGACACACUGCUGACAACAGGCCAGAAUUACACCAUCAGCAACAUCAGCUCCCAGCACAGCGGACUGUACUACUGCACUGCUUGCAACCAGCUGGGACAGCACAACUCUACACCAACACACCUGGAUGUGUUAGGCUCAGAGGAGAACACAGGUUUAAAGGUCAUCGUGGUGGGACUGGUCGUCUUCCUGGCAGUAACACUCCUCUCAGGAGCUCUGUGGAUGUGGAAGAGGAAUUGGAGCUCAGCUAAUGGCCACAGCAGCACUGGUGACAGCGGACAGCCUCCGUCUGCUGCUGUGUAUGAAAAUGUCCGAGCCUCAAACCUCAGAGGGAGAGUCGCCUCAGAUGAUCAGGAUAAUGUUCACUAUGCCACUGUUGUUUUUAACUCGCACACACAGGAAGAGUCUCUGUCACCCAGGCUUCCUCCAGACACCACAGAGGAAGAGGAUGUUCAGUACGCUGCUGUGAACUUUAGCAGGAACACUGCUGCCAUCCAGUUUUGGAUACUCAUGCACGACUUCAACUUUCUUCUCUUGUGGCAUGAGGAGGCCCCGGCCGAUGUGGUACCCCAGGUGGUCGGUCCAGGUGGAGGAAUGUAUUACUACGUCGUCCAGAUAGGCUGCAGCGUAGGGGCGGUGGGGCCACAGAACUCCGAGACCCGGUUCAGCUUCCAGAAGUCAUUAAACAGCCAGAUACUCCAGUCAGGUUUUGGGACCACCACAAUGGGGCUGGACCAUGGGCUGGUUGACUCCUCGAUUGCCUUGCGACAAGCUUCUGGGACACGGUAUCGCCGCAGCCAGACCACAACUCCCGGAGGGGUUUUGAUGGCGUGGUGGACCAGGUGCAUAAGGCCGGGGUUGGAGGAGAAGACAUCUGCAAACUGGUCCACCAGCUCUGCCAGUUCUUGGUUCUGGUCCUCUCCUCUGUGGACCAAGUUACGCUCCAACAAAUCUGCGAUAGUUGACCAGCCCCACCUUCUCAAGGACUGUGAACGGGCUUUGCAGGAAUUUGCAGGUGGCGUCUGGGAGGAGGAGAAGGACCUUGUCACCUGGGCGAAACUCGCGGGGCUGAGCGGAUCAGUUAUAGGCCCUGUUCUGUUCCCGCUGAGCAGCCGACUUUGGCAGCGGUCCUACCAUAACUAUGCCAAUCCUCUCGAAGGGGAGGCCGAUAAUGGGGAGAGAGAUGAGCGGCACGGGAGCAGGCUUAUAGGGGGUCGUCCUCUGGCACUGGGGGCACUGCUGGCAGAAGGCCCGGACCUCGUCGUCCAUCCCGGGCCAGGGCUGGUUUUGGCGCUCCGUCUUGAGGUACAGCAGGCCUCCUCGCACCAGGAAUUAGGAGGUUGGCAGCCGCUGGUCGGGCUGCUGGUGUACACCUUCGAUGACCCGCACCUGAGCCCAGCAGUUCUUCAGUCUAGCAUUCUCCUUCUGCUCCCGGCCGAAAUUUCCCUCUCUGGCAACCUGCGAAUAUACAGAGGAGACAGGAUUAGUCAGGGGGAGGCAUGCUGGCCGGACAUUGCUAGCCUCCGCUUGGGCCUCCUUUCCUUCGUGGUGUUGGGAGGCUUUGGCAGUGGAGUACCCUGGCCAGUCUCGACCCUGGAGCAGAGGCACGGGGAACUCAGGGAUAAAGCCCUCCAGGAGGGGCCACUCCUUAGCCCGGUGGCCCACAGAGACAUGGGCUGCAGGGACCUGAUUGGCAUCCCCAUAUCUAAGCACCUCGUCGGAGAGGGUUGGGGAAAGUCAUGUCAGUCGCCCAUGCCGAUCUCCAGAGUAGCCACCGCUCACUCCAGAGCCUCCAGCAUUUCCCUGGGGGGUGCGGGCUCCACGCAUGCCCCACCGCCUUCUUUUCUUCGGGCGGCAGAGCUCGGAGGAACGGAUCCAUGGCCACUCACUCGGCAACCUCAGUGGCUGAGAGGCGGCCUGGCUGGAGACCGCAGUCCAGGAGGAUCUUGUUUUUCACUAGGCUGUACUCCGUGGCCUCCUCCGGGUCGAGGGCAUGAUAGGCCAGCUGGGCCUCUCCCUGGAGGUUGGGGAAAAGUGGUGAAAGGCGGCGGUGAGAGGUUGUCCCGGCGUGUGGUGCGUGAGUGUGAGGCUCGUCUUCUCCGCUUAUGUCUCCGUCUGCAAAAGGACAAAAUUAGCGGGCAUGUAGAGCCUACCUCGACUGGAGAGCGGCCACGUGCUCCUUUUAUAUCCCUCGGUUUCCUCUGUGAGGGUGUACUGGGUAAAGAGUGUUGGGGUGUGACUUACACUCCUGAACAUGUGUGUGCUCUGAAAGACACAUCGAUUGAUCUGUCCUGCUCUUAUAAACACCUUGCAGGCCGCACAGUGAUAAAAUCAGUGUGGUUCAUUAAACAGCAAGCUGGUGUUGAACCUGAGGAUGUGAGAGAGGAUGAGGAGUAUCAGGGCCGAGUGCAGUACACACACAGCUCCCAGAAUAACUGUAGUCUGAGAAUCACUAACCUGAGAGAGAGAGACGCUCAAACCUACAGAUUCAGAUUCUACACUGAUGAUCCUACAGGCAAAUACACCGGCCAGCCUGGAGUCUCUCUGUCUGUUACAGAUCUGAAGAUUAUGGUAUCGGACUCAGGUAGUGGACAAAAGAAGCUGAGCUGCAUCACCACCUGCACUCUGUCUAACAGACCCACUUACAUCUGGUACAAGAACGGACAGCGUGUGUCUGACUGUAAAUCUGCCUCCUGCUCUGUAGCUGCAGUCAGUGGUGCGGUCAGUUACAGCUGUGCUGUUGAAGGCCAUGACAGUCUCCUCUCUCCUCCAGUGUAUUCCCCUAAAGACACCAGAGCAGUGGUUCUUUCCUCUGGACACACAGUGGAGGGGGAUUCAGUGACUCUGAGCUGUAGCAGUGAUGCAAACCCUCCUGUUCUCACCUACUCCUGGUUUAAGCAGAGAGCAGCUACAGACACACUGCUGACAACAGGCCAGAUUUACAGCAUCAGCAGCAUCAGCUCCCAGCACAGCGGACUGUACUACUGCACUGCUCGCAACCAGCUGGGACAGCACAACUCUACACCAAAACGCCUGGACGUGUUAUAUUCCCCUAAAGACACCAGAGCUGUGGUUCUUUCUUCUGGAGACACAGUGGAGGGGGAUUCAGUGACUCUGAGCUGUAGCAGUGAUGCAAACCCUCCUGUACUCACUUAUUCCUGGUUUAAGCAGAGAGCAGCUGCAGACACACUGCUGACAACAGGCCAGAAUUACACCAUCAGCAACAUCAGCUCCCAGCACAGCGGACUGUACUACUGCACUGCUCACAACCAGCUGGGACAGCACAACUCUACACCAACACGCCUGGAUGUGUUAUAUUCCCCUAAAGACACCAGUGCAGUCGUUCUUUCCUCUGGAGACACGGAGGGGGGUUCAGUGACUCUGAGCUGUAGCAGUGAUGCAAACCCUCCUGUUCUCAACUACACCUGGUUUAAGCAGAGAGCAGCUGCAGACACACUGCUGACAACAGGCCAGAAUUACACCAUCAGCAACAUCAGCUCCCAGCACAGCGGACUGUACUACUGCACUGCUCGCAACCAGCUGGGACAGCACAACUCUACACCAACACACAUGGAUGUGUUAUAUUUCCCUAAAGACACCAGUGCAGUGGUUCUUUCUUCUGGAGACACAGUGGAGGGGAGUUCAGUGACUCUGAGCUGUAGCAGUGAUGCAAACCCUCCUGUUCUCAACUACACCUGGUUUAAGCAGAGAGCAGCUGCAGACACACUGCUGACAACAGGCCAGAAUUACACCAUCAGCAACAUCAGCUCCCGGCACAGCGGACUGUACUACUGCACUGCUCGCAACCAGCUGGGACAGCACAACUCUACACCAACACACCUGGAUGUGUUAUGCUCAGAGGAGAACACAGGUUUAAAAGUCAUCUUGGUGGGACUGGUCGUCUUCCUGGCAGUAACACUCUUCUCAGGAGCUCUGUGGAUGUGGAAGAGGAAGAGGAGCUCAGCUAAUGGCCACAGCAGCACUGGUGACGGCGAACAGGUGAGUGAAGGUGAAAAGAGGGACUAUUUGAUCAGGUGA